AAUUGGGAACAAACAACGUCGAGGUCGAAAAGCUAUUUUUUUUCUGAGAGGGGAGACAAACAAAAACAAAACAAAAACAGCAAAUAUUACUUCGAUUUUCAGGACGUGUUUGCAUGAUUCCACAUUUUUGUCGAGCAAUUCAAGAGCUAAAUUUUCCUUAACUUCAUCAAAUUUGGGUACUCGAUUACGUUGGGUUAUAGAGGCGAAGAUUCAAUUUUGCUCAUUUCGCAAGCCCUAAAAAAACCCUAGUUCGUCUUAAUUAGGGCAAACGGAUUUCAUUUUUGCCUUUUGUUGUCCGAAGCUUAUUUAUUUAAGGGUUUCACGGUUUGUGGGUCUUCUAUUUUGUUCAGAGAGUUAAUCAGAUUCUAGACCAAUGGAAGGGGGGCAACUUUAGCUUUUUGAGAGGAAUGCAUGGAUUUAGUUCCGGAUCUACUUUCCUCGUAAAUGCUGAGGUUGAUUCCAUGGGAGGAGUUGUUGAUGGUGGAGUUGCUAUUGGUUGCAAACCCUCUCCACGUCGAGUAGCAAUUGAGAAAGCACAGGCUGAGCUACGGCUAGAAUAUGAUGUUCGAGAGGAGAGAAGGAGAGAACUUGAGUUUCUUGAGAAAGGUGGAAACCCUCUAGAUUUCAAGUUUGGUCAUGCAGCGUCAGUGAGUGUCCAGUCUACCUCGCACACAUAUCAACACCCAGAUCAGAUUUUCACUAGUGAAGCAAAAGGUAGUUUUGCAUUGACUGCCUCACCUCAUGGAGAUUCUGUUGAAAGUAGUGGGAGAUUGGGUGCCACUACAACCUGUGAACCAAAUAGUGCUGAUAACUUUGAUGGUGAGAAUGAAAUUCUUGAAAUUGAAAGAAAGUCUAAACAUCCUACAAGAGUUAGCAUCACUCCUGAGCAUUCAUCUCAGCUUGAUGGGAGACAAAAUGUCAAGGAGUCUGAAGAUUCCCCUAUAUUCAACCCCAAAAGAAGUCAAGCAUAUAGGAGAAGAAACCGGUCUAGGCCAAACCGUGAUGGUGGUCCUCGAUCAAGUUCCAACGACAUGGUGUCUCGUGGUGGACCUAAUUCUUUGCCUGGUCGACAUGCUUUGCUUUCCAAACCUGCUGUAUCUGAAAAUCAGCUUGAAGUAGAGUCUGAUGGUGCACAUGCUCUGCAUUUAUCUACAACCUUAAGAGACAGUGAAGUUUCUGAAGGUAAGCUGAUAAGUUCAAAAGAAACACAAAAAGAACUAAAAAAAGCAAGUCUAGAAGCCGAUGAUGUUACUGAUGCUACAACUACUGUUGAGCCCAAUUUAGUUGAAGGAAACGGAAAUAUAGUUGCGGCAGAUGCGAAAGAUCCUCCUUGUUUUGAUAUAGAGAAAAAAGAAGGUAUUGAAAGUGCUGCACAAUUGGAUGAGUCUGGUAAGAUCAAUGGGGAGGGCAUGUCAACACUAGACAAUGCUCAUAUUAGUGAGAAUAUAGUUUUAACCAAAGGUCUAGAUUUUGGGUCCUCAUGCACCCAUACUAGCUUUAGUGUAGAUGGAAAUGGAAAUAUUAAGAGUGAUUUGUAUACUAAAAAGAACAUAGAAUGUAAUGGGACCCCCAUGGAGCCCAAGCUACCUCCUGGGGAGAAUUCUAUUAGUGUCGAUGAAGAAAGGCUAUAUGAAAAGCUUGCUGUCAAUCAUGUGGAAAGUGCUUCUUGCAUUAAGGAGGAUCAGAAUUUUGUCAGCCACCCAGGCAAUGGCUUUGCUGACAAAGAGAAAGUAGUUAACAUAGAUGGAUUUUCUUCUAGAGACAAGGCUGAGUGUCUUAAUUUGGAGAAGCUAGUACCAGUUGAGCAGGCUGCGACAAAAUCAGAUAAAAAGCAUUGUCUCAUUGAUGAUUCCAUUCCCACAGCAGAGAGUUCUUGUCCAGAGAGUACACAUUCCUCAAUGGAGCCUUCUCACGAGGUUAAUAAGAAUGAUUUACUUGUACCACCUUCCACUUUGAAUCCUCUUACUUCUAGUGAAAGCCAGAAGAUGCAGGUUGAUAAGGCACAUGAGGACAGGGUAUUGGAAGAGGCACGGAUCAUAGAGGCUAAACGUAAUAGAAUAGCAGAGUUAUCGGUUGGUUUGAUGCCGAGGGAGAGCCGAUGUAAGUCUCAGUGGGAUUUUGUCAUUGAAGAGAUGAUUUGGUUAGCAAAUGAUUUUACACAGGAACGUGUUUGGAAGAUGACUGCUGCUGCUCAAAUUUGUCACCGCGCAGCCUUUGCUUCUCGAUUAAAGAUGCAGAAACGAAGUAAGUGCUGGAAGCAGAAAAGUGUAGCCCGCACCUUGGCAAAGGCUGUGAUUGAUUUUUGGCAUUCAGCUUGUUCUCUCUCGGAGAGUGUUGCCUCUUCUCAGUCAGAGAAAUGUAAUGUUGUUCUUUCAUCUGGGGCAGAAGAAAGUGUACCCACUAAGGGUGCUGUUGGAGGUUCUGAUAAGGAUGUGGCUUCUGAAGAAAAGCAGCAAUCUACGGGGCAAAAGCAGGAUCUCGCUGUCUUUGGAUACGCUGUUAGAUUUUUGAAAUAUAAUUGCUCUUUACCACAUCAUGUCACAGUUGAUUGUUUAGAGCUUCCAGAUGUACCUUGUGAUAUUGGCUCAACAGAAAGUUUGUGGCAAGACCAGCUUACAGAGGGAAAUCUCUUCUAUGUGGUUCCACCUGGUGCAAUGGAGACCUACAGAGAAUCAAUUGAAUCAUAUAUGGCAGAGUUGGAGAGGGCCAGCAACAAUAUACAAGAGGAAGUUGAUACUUCUAUGUAUGAGCCCACCGAAGAAAUUGGAUAUCAAGAGGAUGACUAUGAGGAAGAUGAAGGAAAACAUGUGUAUAUUUUAGGAUCACUUGAUGGUGAACGACCACAUAAAAAGAAACGGAAAAAUAUGAAGUUUAAUGCUCCUAGAUCAUAUGAAAUUGGUGUAGAAAUUGGCUAUGGGCGCUGCCUGGAGAAAAACGGGCCCUUGUUGCCCAGUAAAAGACCUGCCAUCAAUUCCAAUACUGGGUCUAUUCCCAUAAAAAGGGUGCGAACUGCCCCGAGGCAGAGAGUCACUGGUCCUAUUGGGGUUGGGUCUGCUGGCAUUUCCCCAAUGCCAAACAGGACAGAUGCUUCCAGUGGAGAUACUAACUCUUUUCAGGAUGAUCUGAGCACUCCACGUGCUGCUAAUGCGGCAAGAGGAUCUGAGGUGGAUUCUCCUUUGGACUUCGACAAGCAGUCUCUAUAUGAUACAGAAUUUCUAACAAAGUCUAAGAAAAAGAAGAAAAUUAAGAAUCAGAGUUCAGCAUACUCGGGGUGGCAGAUUGAUCCUUCUGCGCAUAAUGAACAGAAGGAUCAUGUGCGAAAAAGACUGGAUAGCCCUCUUGAGUCCAAUGGGACUGGCGUUGUGUUUGCCCAACAUUCUAAGAAGCCAAAGACAUUGAAGUACACCGAAAAUGCAUUUGACAUGCCCAUAAGUGGACCAAUUGCUUCGCCAGUUACUUCGCAAAGUAACAUUUCCAGCCAGAGAAUACUUAAAGUGCAAGUCCGGGAUAGGAUUAGAAAAGCUAAAGCACUUAAGGUGCCUGCUGUACAGCCUGGUUCAGGCAGCCCAUGGUCUUCAUUUGAAGAUCAGGCACUUAUUGUGCUUGUUCAUGAUAUGGGUCCAAACUGGGAGCUUGUUAGUGAUGCUAUUAACAGUACUUUGCGAUUCAAGUGUAUUUUCCGGAAACCUGAAGAAUGCAAGGAACGACACAAAGUUUUGAUGGACCAAACUCCUGGCGAUGGUGCUGAUAGUGCUGAAGAUUCUGGAUCUUCUCAACCUUAUCCUUCGACGUUACCAGGGAUACCAAAGGGCAGUGCAAGACAAUUGUUUCAGCAAUUGCAGAGACCGAUGGAGGAGGACACUAUUAAGUCUCAUUUUGAGAAGAUUAUUCUUAUUGGAAAGCAGUUGCAUUACCGGAAGAAACAGAAUGAUAUUCAGGAUCUGAAGCAAAUAGCACCUGUUCAUGGUUCCCAUGUUGCGGCACUCUCCCUAGUCAUUCCAAAUAAUUUGAAUGGGGUGAUUCUCACGCCACAUGAUCUGUGUGAUAUUGCUGUGUCAAACCAAGAUGUAAUGCCACUUGGGUUUCAAGGCCCGCAUACUGGAGGUUUUACAUUGCCAAAUCAGGGUGCUAGCCCAUCGAUGCACCCGCAAAGUGGGCUCAAUUCCUCAAUUCAGGGUCUUCCAGGUUCCCCAAGCAUGGGUCUUGGUAACAAUUUGACAUCUCAGUCGUCCCAGUUCGCUAACUCUCGGGAUGCUAGAUACCCAGUCCCAAGGUCGACAUCAAUGCCAAUGGAGGAGCAGCAAAGACUUCAGCAGUACAAUCAUAUGCCACCUGGUAGAAAUGUUCAGCCGUCAAAUUUGUCUUCUGGGUCUCUUUCAGGAAUUGAUCGGGGUGUGCGCAUACUUCCCGGUGGAAACGGUGGUGGCCUGGUGGCUGGAAUGAGCCGAAGUAUGCCAACUUCAAGACCAGGACUUCAAGGAGCUCCGUCAUCAUCUAUGCUUAAUUCUGGAAGUAUGCUUUCCUCCAAUAUUGGAGGGAUGUCUACCAAUAUGAAUAUACACUCUGGAACAGCUUCUGGUCAAGGGAAUCCAAUUUUUAGAUCUCGUGAUGCACUGCAUAUGGUGAGGCAUGGGCAAAAUUCAGACCAUCAAAGACAGAUGAUCUUGCCAGAAUCGAGUAGUCCAGGGGUCCCAAACUUUGGUGCAAUUAGCUCUGGUUUUACUAAUCAGACUACUUCUCCACCACUUCAAUCAUAUGCUGGACAUCACCACCAGCAGCAUCCAAUACCACAGCAACAUUCUCAUGUGCUGGGUGGUCCACAUGCGCAUCUUUCUGGAGCAAAUCACUCUGUUACUCCAGAGCAACAAGCUGCCUAUAUACGCAUUGCCAGGGACAGGAAACUUCAACAAAGAUUGUUGCAGAGACAGAAUCAACAGCAACAGCUUCCGUCUUCUAGUGCAUUGAUGACACAUGCUCAUACUCCGGGUCAGAUACCCGUAUCAUCAGUUCAGGCUUCGUCACUUCAAUCACCAUCUUCUUCUCAGCCUGUAUCAUUGCCUCCGUUGACUACACCAUCUCCCAUAACUCAUGUAUCUUCACAGUCAUCGCAGCAGCAAAAGCAUCAAGUAUCACCUCAAGGACUUGUGCGGAAUGCUCAAAGUAGUGGAAAUGGAUUGAUGAAUCAGAUGGGAAAGCAACGUCAAAGACAAGUACAGCAGCUUCAGCAACAGUAUCAGCAAUCCAGUAGGCAGCAUCCACAACAACGCCAACAAUCACAGUCUGGACAGCAGGCUAAACAUUCUAAAGGAAUGGGGAGAAAUAACUUGGUCAUGCAUCAGAAUCAACCCAUUGACCCAUCUCAUCUGAAUGGCGUUACAGCUAACCCUGGAAACCAAGUUGCUGAGAAAGGGGAGCAAGCUGUGCACUUGAUGCAAUCUCAGGGCUUAUAUUCAGGGUCUGGUAUAAAUAUUAUGCAACCAUCAAAAUCUCUGGCUUCACCUCAGACUUCGAGUCAUUUGCAACAUCAAAAAUCAUAUGUAAAUACUGUUCCGGCAACACCCAAGCAAGUACAACAGAAUUCUUUACAGUUAGAUGGUGGCAACGAAGGCCAGGUUCCUGUGGUUUCUGCUAGUCCAGCAUCUUCAGGCGCAUCCCAAGGUCUUCCAUCGACGGCAGUACCUCCUCUUAACCAUCAACAGUUGCAAGGGCAUUCACAGCCUCCAAUUAAGCCAACUAGUCAAUCUCAACCUGCUCUUCAGAGGACAGUUCAGCCAAAACGGCAAGUGAAUUCUGAUUCCACGGCCAAGUCACAACCUGAUACUGCGCCAGUGGAGCAGCAAUUUGUGAACAAAUCUAAUUUAAGUGCUGGUGUUGCAAAAUCAUGUGUUGAAAAUACAAGCGGUUUACCUCUUUCAUUUUCUGCCAGCACUGUUGCGAGUAAACAAGCUCAGGAAUCUCCAGGCGAUUCUGCAAUGACUAAUACAUCCAUUCCAUCAGUUCCUAUUAGCAGCCCAACUCGUACAAGCUCAUCAUGUAACGAGACAUUACCAUCAGUUAGUGAUAGUCUGGUGCAAAGACAGUUUUCUGGUAACGUGGCAACUCAUGGAAAUGGGGUGCAAUUUCAGCACCAACAAUCACAGUUACAACGCCCCUCACCACUUCAACCUAUAUUAACACAAAAGCAGUCACCCCAUCAGCUGCCGCAGCUUGAAAAAUCACCCCAAAGUAUGUCACAGCCACAGCCUCAGUCACAGAUUCAAGCUGGGCAAAACAGUGUUUUCACAAGAUCCCCAAAUUCCAGAUUGGAAUGAUUCUCAUUAUUGAUUGUGAGCACGGCUCGGCAUGCUUGUUUCUGCCAGGAUCAAGUUGGCAUGCCCUUGUAGCAGCAAUGUAUAGAUGAAGCUGUUAAUUUUGCAGGGGCACUACGAGCAAAGGUAAAUGGGAUGAUGAUGGUAACUUCCAGGUCACUGACUUGACAAGUUUAGACAGACUUUUUUGGAGUUUAUAAUGUAAAUUACCACUGCUUAGAGCUGUAAGAAGAUAGAGAUAUACAGAGGUAUGUGUACAGGAUUUCACCUCUCUAUCUUUGUUAACCACUUUUUUUUCUUUUACACCCAAAUUUGGGUUUCCCCCUCAUCCAUGUGGGGCCUUAUUCCUUUUUACCCCAAUAUUGCAUGUAUUAUUUUGAUUGGAGUUAAGGGGAUAGCUUCAUUGUUACAGGCAAAUGCCUUCAGAAAUUUUGUGAAUAUAGUUUCGUAGUGUAUAAUGAUCUUCAAUCCC